CUGCCGUAUCGUUGGCCUUUGGUAUCUACUAAUUGGCCUAGGAUUCACAUCUAAAGCAGCUGCCCUUCAUCGGCAAGAAAUCCGUCCCGGCCGCCAUCCGCCCAGACCUCUGGAAAGCAUACUGCACAAUCACAUUUCCAAGCCCCAAUCAAGGCCUCUACGCUUUCCGCAAGUUGCGCGAACUACGCAAACUUCACGAGGCGUAUUGGAAUAAGGAGGAAAGAACCAUCAAUGCAGCCAAUGAAACUUCCAAAAGGGAGAAAACGGGAAAAGAGGAGGACGAGGAAUUCAACGAAGCAAAGAAGACGGGGCCCAGAACGUUAACAGGUAAAAGGAGAAAAAAUCUAAUUAUGCACCAGAAAGAGAACGCCGUCGCAGACCUGGCCAAAGUGUUGUUCUUACAGAAGGACCAAGCAAAGCUUAUGCAAAAGACGAUCGAGAAAAGGAAACAGGUUCAAGAGGAAGUAUUCCAGAACAGGUGGUCAGAAAUUGUCAAUCUAGCGAGGCUUGCAGAAGACGGUGAGGUUCAGCGGCUGGAGAGGCAGAUUGAGAGCCUUAGGACUCAGUUAGCGAGAAAGACUAGCGAGAAAUCGAAGGCGGACAUGAAAAACAAGCUGUCAAUCCGUCAGCGCCGCCUUAAAAAAUUACUCUGGGCUCAGCGACAAACUGUCAUGCAUAAGAAGGCGCAGAAAGCUCUAAAGGAAGCCGCGGACUUAGAGCACGAAAUAGCGGGAAAGAAAGCGGAGGAAGCUCUCUUGUUGGAGCUGGAUGCAGCUUAUGAAAUGCAGAAAGAGCAGUUGAUAAAGCAGGAAGCAGAUCUGGCAUUAGCUUUGUCGAUCCAGUCACGCCGUUAUCAGGAUUUCCUUAGCAAGAUCGAAUUCGAAGGAAUAGGCCGCAAUCAAAUUGCGAGGUUGGAUCGCGAUCAGAUUGAGGCGAUACUUAGGUCCCGACCAGAGGAGUUAGUGGGCUUUAAAAGACAACGAGGGGAGCUUGAAAGCUUAGAAAGACUACAAACUCUUACCAAAAAGGAUAUUUGGCACUUAAAACCCCUUUCGGGUCAUUCUAAAACAGAGCAAGAGGUCUUGCAAGCUCAAUUAUCUGGAGAGCUGCCAAAUCAUUUGCAGGAAGAGCGAAUAAGCCUACUUGAACUCAAACUUCGGUCCGAAGAGUGGCGAAAGGAUUUGAUAUUGAUGGAAGAGGAUACCGAUGCGGACAUCAAGCUCAGGCAGGGCUGGAAGCAAGGUCGCGUUUCCGAAGAGCGCAUAUGGAAAGGAGAAAUGCAACAGCGCUUGGAACUGCUUUCCAUGGAAGAGGCCCCACAGCGCCUACAAAUCCUACACAAGCUUGCCACCGUGCAAAAGGACAUACGGCGUUUUCAGCGUCAAAUAAGCAGUCUGCUUCCAAACUCCAAAAUUCAUGAUCACAUUUCUCCCCUCCUCCACAACCCCGUCGCUCGGUCGCUCGUUCCGAAAAGCCUUUUGAGUCCUCUCCAAGCGCCCUUCACAUUAGAAGGCGUCACAAUUGAGUGGUCGGAUGUAUACGACGCGGAAUGGGCAGAUCAAUGGCCUGAGGAGGUUGUGCAUGACCAUGUUGGAAUGGUUAAGAGGGACCGAUUCGUGCCAAUUCCAAAUACGUAUAGGAUACCCCCUCAGUACCCACUUACAGAACAGGAGUUAUUACAGAAGUUUCUGGAGAUGGCUUCAUCCGAAAAUGGAAAUUCUAGCAAGGUGGUCAACGUGCCCCUCGUAGUACAGGAGGAGCCAGUCGCUGCAAACUCACAGAAAACAGGUAUUUGGAAGUACCUUCCUGAUAUCAGGAAACCAUUCACUCGCGCAACCGCUUGAUUCUGUGGCAACGUUGCAGGAGAUGUUGGAGACCGAAAUCAUGUAUUAUGUUACAUCAACAUUGUACUAUGCGAAGCCUGUAGCACUAUAUAUUUCUUAGUUCUUGUUAUUCAUGGUAAUGGAACUGAUCGCCUUUGCAAAG